UGAUAUUCGUCUGUGUUAUUUGAAAAUUUGAUUUGGAUCUGUCUUUGUGAAGCGUGAUUUUAUUUUUCUGUUUUUAACUUUCUAUUUCGGUCAAUAUUUGUAGUGAUAUUUCUAUAUAUUUGGAUACGAUUUUCCACUUAACGAGAGCCGGCUAAGCUAUUUUACAAGUCGAGCUAGCCUGCUUUAGACUGCUACGUCGAAAAUGGAUGUCCUUACGAGGCCUGCUGAAGAGUUUGGCAAUGACGAGACGCUGGAACACCUUUGGGCGGCCAGGGCUAUGGAGCAUAGUGAUAUUUACUUUAACGUUCUAUGCUCAGUAGACACAAGAUGGCUACGAUUGACGCCCCAUGAUGACCUUAUCUACAAUCACUUCAGACAAGAUUUCCCAGACUUAGACGUAUCAUACAUAAAAGAAGGUGAAAUCAAGAACAAUACAAACAAAGCGAAAUGGCGUGUGUACUGCGAAAAGUUUAAAAACAUUGUCGAAGACUACAGUUUCGGUACACUAAUGCGUGCAGACACCAAGGGUGAUUAUUCAGAGCGAAACACAAUUUUAGUGCCACGUGUGCAGUUUUAUGCGAUAGAAAUCGCUAGAAAUAGAGAAGGGCUGAAUAAUGAAGUUAAAAAGAAUUAUAAAUGCGCGUCCAAAGCUCACAUGGACGCACAGAAUAAUGCGGCGGAAAUCGCUGCGUGAAAUUGCAAUUUAAUAUGAUCAGAAGCCUUGAUUUUUUGCUUUUACUUUUAAGCACCUGUCA